GAUGCAUGGAUGAUGAAUGGUUUCAGUCGCAUGGUGGCACUUUGGACUGACGACACUUUGAUUUAAGCCAGCAUAAAUGCUAAUUACAGGUUUCAAAAUGGACCAGUACGAUAGAUCUUUGGUUUUCCCCCCGCUGCUUUGGAGCCAACGGCAAAGAUCGAAGAUCCAACCAGAAGCAGGAGAUCAGCGGUCAUUGGCAACAAAGAAAGUAUACAUACCGACGGAGCGCUAGUAAUAGUACUUCAUCUCAAUACCAACAGCAGCACCAUGGCGGCUCCUGGAGGUGGGGCUCUCUUCUACACCCCUGAAAUUCACGAAAGGCCAUACUAUGAUGGUCUAUUUCAAGCUGCCGACACGAACAGAACUGGAUCGAUUGCAGGAGGGGAGGCUGUAGCAUUUUUCUCUCGAUCCAAACUGCCAAUGGAACAACUCAAAAAUGUGUGGACUGUCGCUGACAAUCCGCCAUCCAACUCGUUGAAUCGACCCAAAUUCGCAGUAGCCGUUCGUCUCAUCCAGCUCCUACAAAAUGGCGUGAAGGGACAAGGCACUAAUUUGUCGGUCCCUCCUGGCACUGUCUUGAGGCCGGUCUACCUGGAAGGCAUCAGUGGAACCGUCGUGCCAAUGCCAAACCAGCCACCACCGCAACAGCAACAACCCCCUCCUCCUCAGCAGCAACAACAACAGCAGCAGCCUCCACCUCAACAUCAGAGACCUCCUGGCGGUCCUGGAGGCGGUCAACCCCCUCCUCAGCAGGGAAUGCCACCCGGUCAACGCAUGGCCCCAUCACCUCAGCAACAACAGCAGCAGCAGCAACCCCCGUCGCCCUCGUCACCACCGCAACGACCCCCACAACAGACACCUGCUAGUAUGAAUGCUGGAAGACCACCCAUGGUGCCACCUUCCCCUCAUGCUGGGCCAAGCACAGCCUUGACAGUGCAAGACCCUUACACUCUCACCCCCAAUGAACGGUCACGCUACGAAACGUUGUUUCCACAGUAUGCCAAGGAAGACGGAUUUAUGCACGGAAAAGAGGCCGUGGCACUCUUCUCCAAAUCAGGGUUAGGACAAACGCACCUUCGAGAUAUUUGGAAUUUGGCGGAUCAGCCGGUCGACAACAGGUUGGACAAACUAGAGUUCGCCAUUGCCAUGCAUCUCAUUGUAUGCGUCUCCAAAAAGAAUCUACCAUUGCCCAAAAUUUUACCCAUGUCCCUCAAGGCUUUGAAACAGCAGCAGCAACAACAGCAGCAGCAACAAGCUCCACCUCCAGAGGAAGAAAUGCAGCCACAGGCCCAGCUGCCCCCUGCCCAGCAGCAGCAGCAGCCUCAUGGACAGCAAUAUCCACCUGCUGCUCCGGCAUACAAUUCACAGCAACCGUCCAUCCCGGAUCCCUCUGAUGGCGGCAUGCAAGGAGGCAUGAAUCCGUCGGGAAUGGCAGGCCCACCACCCAUCGCCAAACCUGGUGGUUUGGACAUUUCGGAUGCGUUCGAGGGGCUGAGUACUACGUCGGAUAUUAGCAGUCUGCCCCCACCGGCUACUGGAUUUGGUUCGCUUGGAGGCGGCGGAGGUGGUUUCGGAUCAGGGGCAGGGAAUGAGCCGUCCUAUGGUGGAACAUCUGCAACCGCUUUCUCCUCGAUGGAGCAGCCUUCUCCCCAGCUGGGACCGACCCCGUCGCCGGCCAUGGCAUCGCCUCCACAAAUGCACGAGCCUCCACCAAUGACCAUGUCGGCACCCGCGCCAGAGCCGGCACCGAAAACAUCCGAGGUCUUGGCUCAGUCCUACAACAUGUCCGACAAUACUGGAGAACUAGACAAGCUCAAAACGGUGCUGCAAAAGCUUCAAGCAGAGAACAUCGCUUUGAAGGCCCAACUUGGGACCAUGACGGAAGAAGAGAAGGAUGUUCAGCGGCACAUCAAUGCCACUGUUGCCGAAAUCGGAGUUCUCUCCAACAAACUGACUACGUUGCGAGCGCAGGUGUUGGCGUCGAAAACUCGUUUGCUGGAAUCAACAGCCGAACUAAAGGCCGCGCAAGAAAAGAAAGGGGUUCUAAAUGAUCUGAUUGGCGAGGCAGAGGCGACCAAGGAAGCGAUUGAUACGGCGCACCAGGGCAUUCAAGCGUCAAUCCAAGCGGCACAUGCAGCACCUCCGCAACCGGCACCUGCUCCUGCAUUUGAGGGCGACCUCUUCGGGUUUGGCGCAGCACCUGCACCGGCUCCUCCUGCCAUGGCACCGGGGCCGUCUUUUGACGCAAAUGCGCAACCGAACCCCUACGGUCAACAGGCUGCAGCCCCCGUUCCCUUUUCAGUUGCAGCUCCUGCUCCAGCAGCAGGAGCGCGGCAUCAAAUUGAAACUGUAUCAUCAGACGACUCGUCGGCACCAGGUCAAGGUGACGACGAAGACGCGGGUGAUCAAGGAGCUCAAGGGCAGCCCGAAUCAGUUUUUCGCAGUAACGAGCCAGGCCAAGGCGCGCCGCCACCAAACAUGAUGCAAGGUCAGGGGGCUCCACCAAACAUGAUGGGGCAGGGACCUCCGCAACCAGGUAUGAUGCCAGCACCCGAUGCAAUGGGCAAUCCUCAGUACAACCAAUUCGGUCAGAACGCGCAGCAGCAGCCACCCCCACAAGGAAAUCCCUACCAGGGAAUUUCCUAUGAACAACCCUUCUCGGGCAAUCCCACUCCGUCUCCGAUCUCCCCACACAAUCGACAAAGUUCGAUCAGUUCGCAAAUCAGCUUUGAGGUGAUGGGUGGAGGUCCUGGACCAGAAAAUCAAUUUGGGCAGCCUCCUCCGCCAGGAAACACCGCUGAUGAUGAUGAUAGCAGCGACGGCUUCAUACAACCUGCUCCUUCGAUGGAUGAAAUUAACGAACUCAAGAGCAGAGCCAAGGAGGCAGAGGAUCUAGCACGAGACUCGGAAGACACACUCAGGGCAAUGAUGGAUGAAGCAGACAGACUCAGGCGGGCUGCCGACAAAGCGGAGGUGGAGGCCAGGCAAAAAGCGGCGGAAGCAUCGGAAAAGAAGAGCGGAAUGUUGGGUGGUGGAAAGAAAAAGAAGUCAAUGAAAGAGGCGUCUCAGGCGAAAACCGACGCUGAAGCAAAGAAAAAGAAGUUCCUUGCGGCUCAGUCGGCUGCCAAUGAUGCACAAGCAGUAGCCAUGGAAACGAAGCGUGAGGCAGAAAAGGUUAGAAAAAUGGCCGAGCAGGCAGAAUUAGAUGCCGCGGCCGCUGCAUCAAUGCAACAGAAACAGCCCCCUCCGGAAAAAACACCGGCUCCUCAGCAAGCGCCCAAGCAGGCAGCUGCGAAUGGUGGAUAUCCACAGCAGGGACAGGGCUAUGGUUAUGGAGGUCCUCCGCAAAAUUUUGGACAACAGCCGCCACCGGCUCCACAAGCUUACGGGCAACAGCAGCCACCGCCUCCACAAGGUUACGGACAACAACAGCCACCGACUCCUCAAGGGUACGGACAACAACCACCACCGGCUCCACAAAGCUAUGGACAACCACCAUUGGGACAACCAUAUGGGCAGCCUUUGGGUGCUCCUCAGGGAUUCAAUUCACCUCCCGGAGGAUUUAACCCAAAUGUGAUGGGUGGUGGUGGAGCGGGUGGGAUAGAGAUUCCGACACCUACUGCUGGAGGAGCUGACGACCCAUAUGCAAACCCCUUUUAAAUCUAGCAAGAUCUCUUGACUUCGUUGCUUUUGGUCUUCGAAAUCGUGGGAGACUGGUGGGUGUCUUGACGGUUCCUACAGUAGCUAGCUAGCUACCUGGUAGUACCCGACAAAAAUUUCUUCCACUCACCAUUACCCCUUCAGACGCUCUCUAAAAAUGUAAAACCGUGAUCUCAAUUACUCUAUGCACUUCUUUUUGUCCUUCAACAUGUGCAAACCGUCCCCGUGUGAAGUUUCCCCAUUGGCUUCAUGCGGUCUCUUGAGAGGUGUUCACUGUAAAAUGUUGGGUUGAAAAGGUUUUAGUCUGGCCAAGGUAGGUACCAGGUACCGUACGGUACAGGUGGGCUUGUGGUUUCCUUGGAAUACAUGUAAGAAUAAGGCGGUCUUGCCGGCAAAUGCGUUUGUCUACUAGUGUUGCGACAACGGUAACAUUUGAAAUCAGCUAUCUAUUAAUUGGCCCCCUAGACUAGCUAGCUAGUAUUCCAUAGCCAGACCCUGAAAUGGAUUGCUUCGGCUGCUGGAGUAUCCAUCCUCAAUCGCCAUUGCAUCGUUAUUGCUCAUGGCGUCUCUUUGUGUUUCGGCUCCACUCUCCAAAUCUGCUGCAAGUUGUUGACGAAUUUUUACCCAAGAGAGCUCACUUAGGACAUGCUUCAAACGACCAUGGCCUGCAGCAAUCUCUGGCACAUCGCCAAACAGGU